AUGGCACAGAGAUCAUACCAUGAGAAUACGUUCGACAGAAACGCCCGGUGCAUCAACGUGGGAAGUAAGGCAGAGCCAACUUGGUUUCCGGCAGAUCAUUUGAAAAUUGUUGAAUGGCAAAUCGUUAAGAAGAAUUUACCAGAGCCUUAUGUUGCUGCUAUGAUUGAUGCCACCAAGCGUCCUCACCAGAGUAAAGAUGCUAUCAAGGAGACGGGAUUGGCAGAAUUGGGCUUCCUUGAGAAGAGCCCCUUCUACAAGACAUUUGGAAUUAUACCAGACACAAACUUUGUCGAGAUCAAAGCGGGGGCCCUUGCGGCACCGAUAUUACUUCUUAGUGGGGCCGACUGGGUUCCGGCUCUGGACGGUGCCUGGGAAAUGAAAUUCAAGCAAUACCGGAAACCGGGUAUUGAAAACACGACUCUUUACUUUCUGUCGUUGAGACGUGAUGAAUUUCUAGAGCAGCAUGAGAUGGAAGAAGCUACUCAUACUUUAGCUAGGUCUCUAGAGCAAUUCGGACUUGAUCAGGUUAAGGAACGCGUCUUUUGUCAAGCAAUAGUUCCCGAAGAAAAAGUAGACUCCGCGGUUCAUCGCCAAACCUGCCCUGAAACUUUCGAAAAAGCCCUAGGAUCUGUCUUUAGAAGCACUAGAAAAGUACCCUUGAUUAUGGUUGUGCUCCCAGAACGAAAUGGCAAGCUAUAUCCAGAGAUCAAGAGAUGGGGAGAUUGUGUUAAGGGCAUUCCGACAGUUUGCGUGGUGGAAAGAAACCUUUCGGGAGGAGGGGACCGCGCUAGAUGCGGUAAUAUCAGCUUGAAGUUCAAUCUCAAAUUGGGAGGCAUCAAUCAAGAAGUGAGCAAUGGAUAUGGGACAAAGUCCAAGACUAUGAUUGUUGGAGCAGAUGUCACACAUCCUGGCAACGAGGAAGGAUGUCCUUCCAUAGCUGCUAUGGUGGCUAUCGACGAUGACAGCCGAUUCCAAUAUCUUGGCUCUGCACGAAUUCAGGAAGGAAAACAAGAGUGUAUUUCGGACCUUCGGGGAAUGAUGAAAGAAAGGCUUCUCGCCUGGGCCAAACGUGUUCCCAAAGAUGAAUGGGCACUUGGUGGAGUAUAUUCACAGAUUCUUCCCAACCACAUUAUUUUCUACCGAGACGGAGUGAGCGAGAGCCAGUUUGGCAUGGUUCAACAUCACGAAAAGCAGCAAAUUUUUGACGGAUGCUCUGACGCAUACACGGAAUUGAAACUGGAUAAGUCCAUACAAACCAACGCCUUUCCAAGAGUAGCCAAGCGUGAGAAAUGGAAACCUAAACUCACCCUUAUCGUUGCAAUCAAGCGAAAUCAUGCCAGAUUUUACCCUUUGGUUUUGGAACCUGGUGAUCCAAAUUUGGGUGCUGGAACUAUCAUCGAUUCGGUAGUUGUGACACCAAAUCACUUUAGCUUCUACUUGCAGAGCCAUUGCAGUCCACUCGGUACGGCUAAAAGUACUCAGUACGUUGUGAUUUACGAUGAUCAAAAUUACAAGACAGAACCAAAGGAAAUUAUGAAUAUCACUAACAAGCUUUGCUACACCGGGGCUCACGCUUCCAAAGCUCUCUCUGUCUGUACACCAGCUCGCUACGCAGAUAUGCUGUGCGAUCGCGUGAGAUGCUAUUUGAAGCCUGUAUUGGAGGGUUACCGUGAUAAGAGCAGCACGGAUGAUGUGGAUGGAACACAAAGGACAGCUGUUUAUGAAGAAAACAAGCUCGUUUGGAAGCCAAAUACUUCAGACAUCCUACCAGAUGGGUGGAAACAUCCUUGGCAUCCAUCGAUCGGCAAUGUUAUGUUUUAUCUCUGA